UGAUAACUUAUCAUCGGCAAAAGCACGCAUUGAUAUUCAUGUGAAGGGGGAGGACACCUGUGAGCUCGUGGCGCAGCACAAAAAGCCAAUGUACAAAGUAGUUAUUAGCGCAGGACGUCAACAAAACUUUAGACCUCCCAGGGUUUGUGGCGGUUGGGAAAUGUAUUAGGCAAGCAAGGGAAUUCUCAUAUCUAACUGUACAGCACAAUGGCAAGCAAUAAAAGACCAGUUGGUGUCAACUUUGAGAAGAUUUUACAAAGUUUACAAGGUGAUGUUCAGGAGAUGAAGACAGAGUAUGAUGAAGCAUGUCUGCCUAUAAAUGAUGACAAUAAGCAUCUUCAUCAGUUUUGUGAUCGAUUAGAGUUCAUUUUCAAUUUUAAUAUGAUAGAGGGAAGCAGUUUUCUGAGUGGACGGAAGGACCUAUGGCAAUACUUCUGUAAAUGUUUGGCCAACAGACGCAACAUUCAUGAUGGACUUAAGAUUGUCAAGGCAAAUACUGAGCUGAAGACUAGUAUAGGCCGCUUCCGCUGCUUUGUGCGGUACUGUCUCGUGCACCAGUGUUUGGGUGACGUAGCCCAGCAGUGCGUUGAUAAUAAAACUAUAACACGUCAGUUCUACCAAGAAGGUGCACUCACCCUCAACCCCCAGCUCCUCCCCACUCUCCUUGGAUGUCUCUACCAGCUCUGUGAUAUUCCAUUUGACCUUCCACCCUCUGGCCAUGACCUGGAUGUUUCAUGGCCCACCUUCACCAGGCUGGGAGCAGCAGGUGGAUGGAGACCUCCAAGCCGCACCAUGUCGCUCUCCUCCCUCUAUUCUCACGUCUCACAGAUGAGUGAGGCCGUGGGUGUACAGUCCCCAAAUAGCCCCACCAUGGCUCCUGUGGGUGAGGAUGACCCUCAGGGCAUCCCAGACUCUGCACUGGCCAUGCAGGAGGCCAGCUCAGAGGUGGCUGUCCUUAACCAACGCCUGACUUCCCUUGAAAGAGACAAUGACAUGCUGCGUGCAUCAUGUUCUGCCCUUCAGUCCCAGCUGGAUCAGGUUAAGAAUACAGAUGCAGUAGUGCCAUCCAUUGCUAUGGGUGAGAACAGUCAUGUCAUGUCCUCAGUCCAUGACAGAUGUCAGCAAUGUGAACUCUUGAUUGAGGAACUGAGGGUCACCAAGUCUCAGAAUGAGGACUUGGAGAAUCUCAGAUGCCAAUUAGAAGAACAGGUCUGUGCUCUCCAAUUACAGCAAGAUAAAUUUGAAACUCAAGAGAAAGAUCUGAACAGUGAAAUUAAAUGCUUGCAAGAAAAACUUAACCAGUCACAUAUUACCAGUAGAACAUUAGACAGCUGUGUGUCAGGUGUGACAGAGACAGACAUUGCACCAGAUUUGCCAAUAGUAACUGUUGUGCCAGAACAAACACAAGUGCCAGACUCUGACGGGUUAGAGUCUCAUAUCGCUACAGACUCCACAAUCAGUGCUCAGGAAUCAUUGGAACAGUGCCAAUCCAGGUUAAGGGAGCUGGAGAAAGAAAACAAACUGCUACAGGAGCAGUGUAAUGCUGCAGAGGUAGAGAAGACCAUGCUGAGAACAAAUAUAAGGAAGGUGAGUGCUAAUUGGUUUGAACGCAAGACUCGUCUGAGUGAUAGUGACUCCGAGUCUCACCACAGUGGGGAAGGCCUCUCUGUGCACCAGGACUCCUCUUGUAGCAAAAACGAGAUUGGGGUGCAGAUGCCAGAGUUUAUGCCAGAGAAGUGUAUUUUGUUUAAGAAAAUGGAGGAUGUUCCCAAGCUUUUAGCAGAGCUCUCAUAUGCAACAGACAAACUUGAUCUCACUGAGAGAAUAUGUAGUGAACUUGAAAGGCGUGUAAAAGAAUAUGAAAAUGUUAUUGAUGAUCAGGAAGUAGUAAUUCAUGGCUUAAAAGAUCAGCUAGAUACUUAUUUCAAUGAUAACCGUAAAAUGUCAGAACAACUACGUACCUUAAACAAACUGUUUGAAGAUCUUGAGUUGACUGAGAAAAGAAAAGUGAAUAAUGUCAAUCCUCCAGACACCAUCAAUACAGUGUUCAGUAGUCUGCCUUCUGAAGAGGACUUUAAGGAAAUGUCACACAGUGUCAGCAAAACCUACACUAAAUUGAAAGAACUUAUUAUGGAGAAGAAGUCCCUUGUUACAGAAAUUGAGAGAUUAAAAGUACUUAAUGUUGAGUUGCAGCGGCGGGUUAGUCAGCAGGAAAACAGGCUUCUGAGUGUGUCUGAUGCAUUGCAUUCCACCUGGCUGCUGGUGUCUGACAUGAAGGAGCAGCAUGCUCAGCUACAUGCCUCUGAGUCCAUCCUGCGUUAUGAACUGAAAGACAAGAAGGAGUUGCUCCAUCGCCUGCGGGAGGAGCUGGAAUGCUCCCGUGAACAGUGGCACAAAAUCAGAAAGAUGAACUCUGAGAGUGAGGAAGCCUGGAAUAGCCUAAGAGAGGAAUUGAAUGAGAGGAGACGCAAAGCUAAUGAAGUAGCUUCUGGCAGUGAAGGGAAGGUAAAAGAGGAGGUUGAAGGAGCCACUGCAGUUGUACAACCUUCAAAUGAGUUUGAGCCACCUGUGGACCUGUUGUUAGACAUGGCAAUUGAAUAUGGAGUUAUUGAUGCUGAUGAUGAUGCUUCCACAGCCAUGGUAGCAGCUAUGGAAGGAGAGGAUAUGCAUGCAUCUCGGUUGGAGGAUCUGGAAGACCAGUGUAGUUACCUGUAUCAAAAGUUAAUGGCUUCCACGGCAAGAUCUCUGACUUUAGCAUCCAGGUUAACUGCCCUGCACCAACACUAUGGCUCAAGUGAUGAGGAGGAUGAUGAGGAUGACGAGGAUGAUGAUGACAUGGAUGAUGAAUAUGACAAUCAUGACUAUGAAGAACUUGACAAUGAUGAUAUUCACAAUUUUGAUUCUGAAAUUUUAAGUCCAGAACCUGAGAGCUCAGACACAGCAUACAUGAGUGAGGCAGAUACAGGUUCAGCUGCCUCAGGCUUAGCUGGGAAUCUCUCUGAGGAAGAGGGAGCCACUGCUGCAGGGAGUGCUGAUGAAGCUUUUACCACUAUGGAAGAAGCUGCUGAUGUAGAAGGUGACCUUAGCAAGCGCCUUAUUAACUUCUUGCCCAAAAAAAUAGAGAUUCUUAAUCAAGAGAACAAGAAGCUGGAGGAGCGGUGUAGGUUGCUGCAGGAAGAGAAGACUGCUUCUGAGGCUCAGCUAACUGACAUGCUGGAGAGGGAGCAGAAACUCAGGCGUGUGCUGGAAGCAAAGCUGGAACACUUGGGAAAAAUUGUUGAUGAACUCAAGCUUGAACGAAAUGGCAAGAUCAGUGAAGUUGAGGAGGAGCUGAAGCAGAAGGUGGCUUCUCUCAAUCAGCAGGAACACGAGUAUGAAUGUCUUCAGGAGGAAGUUGACACCCUGAAGGAACAGCUGGAAGAGCGAGGACAUCUACUGCAUAUUGCUUCCAGCCGUGUUACUGAGCUUGAAGCUACCCUAAAAGCACAUGAGAAAAGCUCUGAAGAGACACAUAAUUACUUGAAACAGGCAGAAGAGCAGGUGAAGGAGUUGCAGACUACCCACAGUAAACAGAACCAAGAGCAUGAGCAACUGAAGAGAGAAAUGGAAACCCUUCAUGUACAGCUUGCAGAUCUCAGAUUCCAGGUUUCUUCUAAAGAUAUGGAGUGUGAUGCUGCAAUCAAGGCAGACCAAGAAAAAAUGGAGGCUCUCACAGCUGCUUCAUUGCAAAUCAAUGAGCAGGAGGCCAGAAUUAACCAUUUGGAGCAACAGGCAACAGCAGAUAAGAAAGCUUGGCAAAAUGAAGUGGAAAGUUUGUCAUCCACUGUGACCAAGCUGCAAGAAGACAUUAAGGAAAGGAAUAUUCAUUGCUCUUCCAUUGAAGAGAGGCUCCUGCAGGCUGAGGCAAAGGUGAAGAUGACACAGAACACUCUCACUGAGACCCAGGGUGAACUGAAGACCACACAGGAUAACUCAACUCAACUUUCCAGUGAUAAUGAGCAGCUCAGAGAAAAAAUAUUGCAGUUACUAAGGGAGAAGGAUGCCCUGUGGCAGGCUAAUAUGCGUCUUGAAGCGGCAGCAGGUGGUAACCGCACCUGGAUGGAUAACAGCAGUGCCCAGAAGUGUCUUGGGUGUAGUGUGUCUUUCUCCUUGACACGCAGGCGCCAUCACUGUCGCACCUGUGGACGUAUCUUCUGUACAGGGUGUUCUGAUAACUGGAUCAUGACCCCUGCAUCCAGCAAGCGUGUAAGGGUAUGUGAUGACUGUUUCUCCAUCCAGGCUGAACUGGCAGCCAUUGUUGCUACUGUUGCCAGCACCACAUCAUCAUGGCAUGGAAGUGAUGAAAGCUCAGAACAGAGUGCAACAGGAGUUCAGGCUUCUAGUAGUGCAAGGUCACUACCCAUCACUAAUAGACAGCCAAAUGAUGAUGAUUAUGCAGUAAUCUCAGAUGAUGAAGUUCAGAGUUCUAGAUUAUCCUCCAGCCCCAGCAGUGGCUCUCCUCCCAGUAAUCCUGAAGUUGUUCCAGAGACUCGAGCUACAGCAGACAUCCUGACCUUUUCCUCCCUCUCCUCUCAACCACCCACUGAUUUUGAGGCAUGGGUGGGAGCAGGGACAAGGUCACUGGUGCCUGUUGAGCUACCAGCUGGAGUUACUCUUCAGUGGAAUUUCAUCUCUGAACCCAAAUGCAUAUCAUUCUCUGUGUUGCAUCAACCUCCACCACUUAACAACCAAGAACCAGGGGAUGAGGGGGUUUCAGUCAGUCAGCGAGUGUUGAUUCCCACCACAAGGGUGGCUUCAACUCAAGGUUCUUCAGUAAGAGGUCGCUUAGUGACCAAACAGCCGGGAGUGUACACACUUGUGUUUGACAAUGCUUCCUCAAGGUACAUUGCCAAGAAAAUAACUUACAGCCUCAGACUUCUUAAACAAGCUGGUGAAGAUUCUUUGUCUCAGCAUCCCUCACCACCAUCAGUCUCCCACCCAUCACCUUGAUACUUCUUGUUACUUUAAUAAGAGUGAUUUGGAGUUGUUAUACUUUUCACAUCAUCUCUAGACCUCAGGAAACAGCCAGUGAAAAAACUUAACACUUAUUGAGAGACAAGAAAGAAAAUGGGUUCUUCCAGACAUAGCAAUGAAAUUACAUGAAACUUAAACUCAUCUCCGAGUAAUUGUUAGUAGACUGGCUUUAAACAAACAUUAUAUUUCUGAAAUGUUUUCAUUGCUGUGGUGAAGUUGGAAAUUUUCUUUGGGUAUCAGUAAGGAAGCAUAUCCCAGACUGCAGGCUUGACUUUAUUUCACUUAUCUUUUGAGGUUGAAGGAUAGUUGAGAGAACCUAUUCUUACUGUAGGAGUGAAAAUGAAGAGGAGGGAUUCCCCAUCUCUUGCUCCGUCCCCCUUUUGUUGCCUUGUGCAGCAUGCAGUGAAUAUGGUCCAGUUAUCUCCAAAUCUGGCCAGGAUAUUUCACACCACACUUUUUAUUCUAUGGUUGAUGAAGUUUUCUUUUGUAAGGAAAAUGCUUUAAUAUUAAAUAUUUCUUGGUUAGUCUUGUCUUAAGUUUUGCUUUAAUUUUCUCUUGAGUGCUAGAAGCACUCUAAAAAUACAUGAAUAAUGAAAUUAUUUUUUAAGUAUCAUGGUGCUGCCUGUAGUGAUAUUAUAGAACUAAAAAUAUAAGCACUUAUGAAAAUGCAUUUAUAGUAAUUUUAUAGUGAUUUAUUUUCAAAAGUGAGGUUUUAUUAUAUGUAGUUGAUCUCCUUGUAUAAUUAAUUGAAAAUGUGAGUUACCUUGAAAAAGGACUGAGUGAAAUAGAUUAUUUUGUAGUGAACCCAGUAAAGACACUAUCUUGAUAUGCACAUAUCAACUUUUGUAAGCUUGUACACAUCAUGGUGUUGAUCACUAGUUGCUGUGUGCAAGACAUUCAGUGGUGGAGCUGGGAAAAUGCGGCAUUUGGUGGUAGUUUGGUUUGAUCAUCCUGAAAGAAGUGUGUAUAUAUAUAUAUAUAUAUAUAUAUAUAUAUAUAUAUAUAUAUAUAUAUAUAUAUAUAUAUAUAUAUAUAUAUAUAUAUAUAUGCCACACACACACACACACACACAGCAAACCCUUUCUUUAUCAGAUCAAUUUGGAAAAUCCCAACUUGACAUAUCCAAUAAUUGAGAUUAUCUAAUUGUUAAAACAGACUUCUUCAUCCCUAGCUGUAGUCUGUAUGUGUGGCUGGAUUCCCGUCCUUUACACUAGAUGCUGUCUGGUUUAUGAAAAGCUUUUCUGGACACCUGCAGGAGAGUGUGUGUGUUUAUGUGUGUGUGAGAAACAUUAAGAGACUGCAGCUUGUGCAGACUUCUUUCAUGGUGAUCCCAUUGAGGUAUUUAUGAAGGAAGAGGCAUCAGAAUAUAAAGACAGCUAGAUAGUCCCAAUAUUACUUAUAAAAUUAAAGUAUAGUAUUCAUACUUUGUAUAUAAUUCACAUUAUCUUUAAUAAAAAGUGCAAGAUAGUUAUAAAAUUUGAAAAAUAUGAAUUUAGUUGCAAUAUAAUUUAGGGAUUUGUGAAAAAAAAAAAAAAACAGCUAAGUCAAGGUUACAUGAACAGAAAGGCUGUGAUUGGAAUUUUCCUGCAAAAGCCAUCCCUUCCCCUUUGGAUGGGGGUUCCCAUGAAUAAUGAGACAAUAGAGAUGUAGAAGAGCACCAUUUGUAACCAAGACUGGAAUGUGUGCCUGACUUCAGGACAAGUUGUGUGUAGUCAGGAAUGUGCCAAGUCUGCUCUAUCUAAUAAGUUAAAUCUUCAUCUUAGUUUUUAGCUGAACCUAUCAAGUUCAAAUUUCCCUUUUUUGUUCAUCACUUUAAUUUAUGGUUAUUUUAAUUAUAUUUGAUUUUUAUUGCAUUCACAUUUCCCUUUUGUUUCAGAUGAUCAUUCUUUAUUUUAGUUUUCCUUAAUAUUAAUUACAUUUGUGUAACUCUUACAAAAAUGGAAAUAGCAUUUUGUUAAUGAAUGUUACAUUAUGUAUUAAAGAUCUUACCAUGAAUAUUCAUUAGAUAGUAAGGUUCAGAGCUUAAAGAAUUCAGCUACAUGUUGAUAAUGCUUUAUUUGGAGUACUUGGGACUGGAAGUAUUUAGUGACUUUACUCCAGCAUGAUACACAUGGUACUGCAUGAACAGAAUGUAGACUUAAUAUAUAUUAUAUUGUCAUAUUAUUUUGGUAUUAUACUUAAAUUUAUAAUAUUACUGGACUACUUUUGUUGUAUUACUAUGAAAAUGAGAUUAAGUUAUAGUGUCAGCACUCAAAACUUCCAGAUAUUAGUUUCACAUUUGGGAUUCUCAACUUUUAACUAGGAAUAACUGAACACUGAUAAUGAGAAAUAUUGAUGAAGUAUUGUACUCCCACAGGGCUUUCAGUUUAUUUUGAGAACAUCACCACUCCUUGGAGGGAGUUUCCAUAAAGAACAUGUAUUAUAAGUGUAUAACUUCAUAUAUUUGUAUUCAUACAUACAUAAAGAUUUAUAAAUCAUAUAUAUCUUUGAGUAGCUAAUUGCUAUUCAGGAAAUACUAUUUUUUUACUGGUAUUUCCUUUUUGUAUUCAUUAUAGAGAUUAGCUUGUUUGAGAAUAUAUGAAAACUUGAUAUUAUCUUGUGUAAUUUUAUAUAUAUGAUUAUAUAUUUCCAUUUCCAUACUAGUGUUGUUUUUAUUAAAGGCAUAAUUAUCUACU